AUGGCCACGGAAAAGGUGGAGGGCGUUUCCAUGGAGGAAACAAGCCCGGGGGUGCAGCAAUUUGCCUCCUCUAGCUCCGACAUGGCGAUAGAAGAGAAAGGUGAAGAGCUUGGUUUCUGGACUCGGCUGGGAUGUACGCCUGAGUCGUUCAAAAGACGGCGGUUGGCGGGUGGGAACCAGCUCAACCAGACGCUCAAGUCUCGACAUUUGCAUAUGAUUGCAAUCGGCGGAAGUAUAGGUGCAGGCCUGUUUGUUGGAUCAGGCUCUGCGUUGGCAAAGGGCGGUCCUGCGUCGCUGGUGAUCGACUUUGCGAUCAUCGGUGUGAUGAUGUUCAAUGUCGUCCAUGCGCUGGGCGAGCUAGCCAUCCUCUUCCCUGUCUCCGGUGGAUUCUACACAUACUCUGCCCGCUUCAUUUCCCCAUCGUGGGGAUUUGCAAUGGGCUGGAACUACGUGUUUCAAUGGCUUGUGGUCCUACCGCUGGAACUAACGGUCACAUCUCUUACGAUAACGUACUGGGAAGUGGAUAUCAGUGUUGCGGUAUGGAUAACUGUUUUCCUGGUCGCUAUAGUGAUCAUCAACAUCUUUGGAGUGCUCGGAUACGGAGAGGAGGAAUUCUGGGCCAGUGCGAUCAAACUCACCGCUAUUGUCAUUUUUAUGAUAACCGCUAUCGUGCUGUCGUGUGGAGGCGGCCCGAAGGACGGACUAUACGGGAAGUACUGGGGAGCGAGACUCUGGUAUGACCCGGGGGCCUUUCGCAAUGGCUUCAAGGGAUUCUGUUCCGUCUUUGUCACGGCAGCCUUUGCCUUCUUUGGCACGGAGCUAGUUGGGCUGGCGGCAGCGGAAAGCAGAACGCCUCUCAAAUCUCUCCCGUCCGCUAUCAAACAAGUCUUCUGGCGAAUCAUCCUCUUCUAUAUCCUGGGCCUCUUCUUCGUUGGGCUGCUGGUACGGAGCGACGAUAAACGACUACUUGGCGCCAACACCUACUCAGAUUCUAAUGCCUCGCCCUUUGUAAUUGCCGCUAAGGAUGCAGGCCUGCAUGGCUUCGACAGCUUUAUUAACGUCAUCAUCCUUAUAUCAGUCCUCUCCAUCGGAAACUCUGCUGUGUAUGCCGGAUCUCGAACCUUGACAGCCAUCUCCGAGCACGGGUAUGCACCCCGUAUUUUCUCAUACGUCGACAAGGCGGGCAGGCCGCUGUUCUCAACCAUAUUGGUUAUUGUUUUUGGAGGGCUGGCGUACGUGAACGUUUCCGGAAAGGGGCCAGUCAUCUUCGAUUGGUUGCAGGCUCUCUCCGGGUUGACUGCCCUCUUCACCUGGGGAAGCAUAUGCUAUUCUCACAUACGCUUCCGAGCGGCGUGGGCACAUCAAGGUCGGACAUUAGACGAGAUUCCCUUUAGGGCCUGUUUUGGAGUGUACGGAUCUUGGGUCGGCCUAUUCAUUAUCUUUAUUGUCUUCAUUGCCCAGUUCUACAUUGCGGUAUCCCCACUCAAGGGCGAGGCCUCAGCCGAGGGCUUCUUCAAGGCUUACCUUGCCCUCCCUGUAGUGCUCUUCUUCUGGCUGUGCGGCUGGCUCUGGAAGCGACAGGGCUGGACAAAGAUCGAGGACAUAGACGUCGACACCGGUCGCCGAGAGAUUGACUGGGAGGAGCACAACCGCCAGAUUGACCGGAUCAAGCAGUCAUCCUUCCUCAAGCGAAUGACCCAUCGAUUCUUCUAA